GGAGCCGGCAGCAGCCCGCCGCCCGCCGGCCCCGGCGGUCCGCGCGGCCGCACAGCAGGGCCGAGCCUCCGGCCUCCGCAGCGGCGCCGGGCCGGACGCGGCGGGCUGGGGGCGCGGGCCGGGGCGGCCGCGGAGCCCAGGGGCCGGGGGCAUGAGCCGCCCCGCGGCCCCGCCGCGCCCCCGCCGCCCGCCGCCGCCCGCCAGGGGCUAGAGGCGGCCGCCACGAGGGCGCGCGGCGCCGGAGACAUGUCCAGGAGGAAACAGAGCAACCCCCGGCAGAUUAAGCGUUCCCUCAGAGACAUGGAGGCCAGAGAAGAGGCCCAGGCCGCGGACACCAGCCUCCCGGAGCAGGAGGCCGCAGCACUGGAGCCCGAGCCCCCGAGCCCUUCCAGCCCAGAUGCUACUCCUCCACCCCCACCGCUACCACCACCCCCCACGUCCCCAGGAGGCUCCGAGGAGACGGAGGGUCCGGAGCCAGAGACGAGGCUGGAGAAGGAGGAGGCCAGCAGCCCCUGGAGCGGGCCAGAUGAGCUGGAGCUGCUGCUGCAGGACGGACAGAGGUGCGUGCGGGCUCGGUGCAGCCUCGCCGAGGGCCUGUCCUGGGGCCCAUUCCGCGGGAGCAUCCAGACCAGAACCUCGUCCCCCAGGCAGGCGGAACCGAGCCCGGCCCUGACCCUGCUGCUGGAGGACGAGGCCUGCUGGCUGAGGACGCUGCCCCGGGCCCUGACCGAGGCCGAAGCCAACUCGGAGAUCUACAGGAAGGAUGGCGCCCUCUGGUGCAGGCUCACCAGGCCGGUGGCCGCGGGCGGGCGGCUCAGCGUGCUCCUCGCGGCCGAGCCCCACAGCGCCCCCCGCCAGCCUGCGAAGGAGGAGCCCGCGGAGCCCGAGGGCCUGGCCCCCUCCCCCGCCACCGACAUCCAGCUCCUGCCCCAGCAGGCGGGCAUGGCGUCCAUCCUCGCGACUGCAGUUGUCAACAAAGACGUCUUUCCCUGCAAGGACUGCGGCAUCUGGUACCGCAGCGAGCGGAACCUACAAGCCCACCUCCUCUACUACUGCGCCAGCCGCCAGGGCACCAGCUCCCCCGCCGUGGCCGCCCCCGACGAGAAGCCCAAGGAGACCUACCCCAACGAGCGGGUCUGCCCCUUCCCCCAGUGCCGCAAAAGCUGCCCCAGCGCCAGCUCCCUGGAGAUCCAUAUGCGCAGCCACAGCGGAGAGCGCCCCUUCGUGUGUCUCAUCUGCCUGUCCGCCUUCACCACCAAGGCCAACUGCGAGCGGCACCUCAAGGUGCACACAGACACGCUGACGGGUGUCUGCCACAGCUGCGGCUUCAUCUCCACCACAAGGGACAUCCUCUACAGCCACCUGGUGACCAACCACAUGGUCUGCCAGCCGGGCUCUAAGGUUGAGAUCUACUCACCAGGGACUGGGCACCCCACUGCCAAGCUCCCCGCAGGUCUGGCCCAGGCAGGUCCUGCUCCAGCCCUUAAGUGUGGCCCCUGGGGUCUCCCCGCAGACAGUCUGGCCGGUUUCCAGCAGCACACGGCGCUGCACGGCCCUCUGGCCUCUGCAGACCUGGGCCUGGUACCCGCCCCAUCACCGGGACUGGAGAGGAAGGCCCUGGCAGAGGCCACCAACGGAGAGGCCAGAGCGGGCCCCCAGAACGGGGGCGGCGGCGAGACCCCGGCGACCCCCAGGAGCAUCAAGGUGGAGGCGGCGGAGGAGCCCGAGGCGGAGCCAGGGCCCCCGGCCCUGUCGCGGACGCCGUCACCGCCCAGCGCCGGCCCCAGCCCCGUGCGCGUGAAGGCGGAGCUGUCCAGCCCCACACCCGGCUCCAGCCCAGGGCCCGGCGCGCUCUUCCUGCCACAGCUGCCCGCGGCGCCGCCGGCCUCCGAGAUCCUGGCCAAGAUGUCCGAGCUGGUGCACAGCCGGCUGCAGGCGGGCGCGGGGGUGGCCGCGCCAGCUGGCCUCUUCACGGGGGCCCCCAAGGGCGCCACGUGUUUCGACUGCGACAUCACCUUCAACAACGUCAACAACUUCUAUGUGCACAAGCGCCUGUACUGCUCCGGCCGCCGCCCGCCCGACGACACGCCCCCCACCCGCCGGCCCAAGGCGGCCCCCGCCCCGCCGCGCGCGCCCCCCGCCCCGCCGCCCGCCGAGGCCGACGAGCCGCGCUCGCCGCCGGGCCCCGGGGCGCGCGAGGACGAGGCGGGGGGCGCGGCUACGCCCGAGGCCGAGGCCGAGGCGGGCGGCCGGGGCAGCGAAGGCAGCCCGAGCCCGGGCAGCGGGGCAGACGAGGACGACGACCCCCGCCGGACGCUGUGCGAGGCCUGCAACAUCCGCUUCAGCCGCCACGAGACCUAUACGGUGCACAAGCGGUACUACUGCGCCUCUCGCCACGACCCGCCGCCGCGCCGGCCCCCGCCCGCCGGAACCGCCGGGACCUCCGGGACCCCCGCGCCCGCUGCGCCGCCCGUGCGCACGCGCAGGCGCCGCAAGCUCUACGAGCUGCACGUGGCCGGACCCGCCCCACCCCCGGUCGGACCCGCCCCGGCCCCGCUCGGACCUGCCCAGCCCGUCGCGCCAGGCCACGCCCCCACGCCGCCUGCGUCGCCGGCGCCGCGGCCCGGAAGCGGAAAUGGAGGCGGAAGCGGCCCAGACCCGGCGGAAGGCCCUAUCGACCUGAGCAAAAAGCCGCGGCGCCAGGCUCCCGCCGCCGCCCCUGGCCCUGCGCCUGGCCUACCGGCCCUGGCCGACUACCACGAGUGCACAGCCUGCCGCGUGAGCUUCCAUAGCCUCGAGGCGUACCUGGCGCACAAGAAGUUCUCGUGCCCCUCCGCCCCGCGCCGCCUGCGCGCCACCCCCGAGGACCCGCCCGCCGUUGUCUGCCCCUACUGUCCCCCGAACGGCGUCGUGCGCGGCGACCUCAUCGAGCACUUCCGCCUGGCGCACGGCCUGCUGCUGGGCAAGCCCCCGGCCGGCUCUGGCCCUGGCGCCGAGGCCCGGACGCCCUCGCCCGCCGCCCCCCGCGACGGCCUCAACGGCCAGGACCACUGGGAGCCGCCCGCCGGCAGCCCCCGGCCCGGCCCGCCCCCGGCCACGUCCCCCGAGGCCGUGCCGGCGCCCCCCUCCCACUCGGACAAGGGCGUGCAGACCCCCAGCCAGGGGACGCCGGCCUCCGUGCCCAACGGCAACCACAGGUACUGCCGCCUGUGCAACAUCAGGUUCAGCAGCCUGUCCACGUUCAUCGCCCACAAGAAGUAUUACUGCUCCUCGCACGCGGCCGAGCACGUGAAGUGAGCGCCCGGCGCUGCUGCCCUGCAGGGGGGACCCGGGACGCUCCGGCCACAGACCUCGUCAGAGAGGCUGCAGGGGGCAGCGCCCGCCUGGACCUUGGCACUUAAUAAAGAAGUUCAGUUUGCUGAG